AUGUCGCAACAUCAGUCACAUCCAUCGUACCCGUCGCAUCCAACAUUUAUCAACCUCCCACAACCGCCGUCCAAUCCGGAAACACCCCCCGAGAUUCCAGGUACCCCCACGAGCACAACAACAUCCCUCUCCGCCCUCUCGACAACCGCCAUCAAAGAUGGCCACCGCGGCGCUCUCCACCACCGCGGGCAUCAACAGAACGCAUCCGUCAACAGCCUCGAAGCCGAACGUGCCGACCGCAUCAGCCGCCUAACAGGCCUAUCCAAUGUCUCAACCCUCCGCGGUCCGCCCGGGCCUUUUGCACAAAACAAUUCAGGGUCGCCACAAACCACACCAACAUCCACCGGUUUUCCCGCAAAUCUCACAGGCCCUGGUGCAAUGGCCGGCCUGACGCCAGCCUAUUUCGAUGCCGCUGGACAGCCCGUCGCAGACACCAAAGUAAGCACUGUCGGUUCGGCGAGCGCCACCGAGAGCGUUGGCGGGCGGACAAGCGGCACAACCGAAGUGGGCGGCGACGGGUCCACGCUAGGCGAGGACCGCGAUGAGGACAUGCUGACGGAGAUGGACUCAGCCAGCGCGAAUGGUUACAUGGGUGGUGACGGGAUGGAUGAGGACCUAGACAACAUGACGUCGCGCAGUGUGGGGGCCUUUGAGGACCGCAUGUCCGACGACGGUAGCGCUAGCUUGGUUGGGUUUGGAGAGGGCGCAGGCAGUACGCUGUCAGGGCCCAUCUACCACCGCCGGCCGCUGCCCACGCAAAGUAGCACCAGCGGCAGCGGGGCACUGGCGUGGGCGCUAGAGCGAAGCGGUUCAGGUCUCAGCGACGGCCCGGCCGCAUCGCCUGGACCUCACCACCACCCCUAUCCUCACACCUACCAUGUCCAGCACCAGCGUGGCGGUAGCAGCAGCAGACAGCGGGACUAUUCAACACGCUCCUCGGAUCGGGAUACGACUAGUUCUGAUACCCCCGUGAGCCAGUCCGCCGUACGUGAGAGGCGAGAGGCUCGCAUGGUGGACGGAGUGGCCAUGGAAACCGGUGCACCGGUGUCUGGGGGGGCACCAAUGGGACCGGGUUAUGGCGAUGAAGAUGAUGUUUUCGUCGACACCACCACCCGUAGUCCUGUUCCUGUCCAAACCCAUACGAGUCCAGGCUCAAACCCCGGACAACAACAACCACAGCAACAUUAUCCACGGACACGCUCACGGCAGCAGCAGCAACAACAUCUCCAGCAUCAUCAAUAUCCCCAGCAACAUCCGUAUUCGUUUGCCCACCACCACAACCAACAACAUCAGUAUCAACCAACACCACCGCUGUCACAGCAACAACAUCAGCAGCAACACAAUACCCAGCCAUCCACCCGCGAGACUGCCGAGCGUAUCGUUCGAGAGACCCUCGAUGACGGCGAGGAAAGGGUAGGGAGUACCACGCUGGAGAGUCCGCGCGGUAAUGGAAAACUGGGGCGGUUUUAUUUUGAGGAGAGCUAA